AGCAACCAGUAGUUUUAUUUGAUCAAUAUAACCUACGAGUAGCUUGUGGUUUAUUUUGCAAAAAUUUGUAUACGAUAAAAGGUGUGUAUCUGGAUUGUGUAGAAAAAAAAAGAAAAAAUGGUGAUUCUCCACGUUAAAAGAGGUGAUGAAAGUCAGUUUCUAUACGAAACUAAUGUGAACAACUCAGUUGAUGAAGUCGUGAAGGAUAUAGUGGCUAUAUUUAAUGGAAGGCUGAAGGUGAAACGACUGUGUUUUGAAAUAGAGGAAUUGAAGACACAUGGUACAUUUCUACCACCAGAGAUGCAGGGGCUGACGGAAGAACAGAUAAAAGAACUUAAAUUAGAAGACCCUUGGGCUAAACGCUGUGCUCCCGCCGGUUACGUUGAAGUCAAGGAUGACAUGGGACGUCGAUGUGGUCUGGCGCCACCCCCUAACCUUCAAGAGGUUUUGACUAAAGCAGCCGAAACCGCUAAAGAGUACAUCACUAAGAAACAUGUGAAUUCACAAAAAUGUUUGACUCAAAAAGACGUAGCCGAAGCCCUUGAUGAGCUACGAGGCGCUACGAAGAUCGUCUUUCCAGCUGGCCUGCCACCUCACGAUCCAGUGCGUAUGGAGCUGGACAAUGUUGAAGACCUAUCUGGUACCCAGGCUUCCAAGGAGGUUAUCGACCCUUCCAGAGCUUGUCUUUGGGCUUGUGGGAAGAAACUUCUCAAUACUAACAAGCUCAGUGAUCAUCUUGGUAAGAAUGAUAAGUCCAAGGUGACAGUAAAACUCUGCUCCUCAUCCGAGGGUGCUCCAGGAAGAGAACCCAUCAUGACUGAAGAUGAAAGGAAGCAGCUCAUGCUCCAGGCUUACCGGAAACAGGAGGAGUGGAAGAAGCUGGAACAGGACGAUGACGACAGCUAUCUGGAUUCCAAGUGGGCUGACGGGCAGAAUAUGAAGAGACAGUUCCAUGGUUUGAAUAAUAUCUCUUGGAAACCAGUUAUGAAACAAUAAAAUGAAUUUUGGUUUCGUAUAGAUUUAAUGAAAGUGUUCUAAACCAGUACUUAUUUAAUUGCUUUUAAUUUAAUCUGUUCAUAAUUUGCUUAUACAUACUUAUUAUAA